UAUCACGAGUUUUGGUCUCUGUUCUGGAGGAAAAGGAAACAAAAAAAUGGGAGCAGAAGGAGAACAAAAGCAAGAGAAGGAACAACCAAGGACCAAUCCGAUUACGGAAUCCCAAUUCCUCGCUUGGAAACGCCAUAAGGAUGCAGAUGCAUCAGCUAAGAAAGCUGAGGCAGCUAGGAAACGUGCCGAAGAUAUAGCAGCAGGGACCGUGCAAAUGAAUGGGCGGGAGCUUUUCUUGCAUGAACCUUGGGUGUUUGAUAACUCUCAAUAUUAAGGUUAGUUUCAAGGAAAGACCACGUAAUGCUGAUUCCAACUGGGCCUACUGCCUAGAGUCUCUGCCUCUCAAGUUUCUAGUCAUGGGUCUCCGUUUCUUCAAGAGAAGGAAGAAUUAGUCCUAUGGCAAGAGCAAGAAAAAUGAUUUGUAGGUUUUCUGUCACAACGAUGAUAGUGUAUCUCAAUUCAAUUUAUCCUUUCCCCAUUCUUUAGUGUGCUAACUUUUUUAUACUUAAACCAUUGAGAUCAAUUGAUAUUACCAUGUUGGUUGAUGAAUUCGUUUUGGUACUCUUUUAUCUAUACAGCUUGAUUGCUAUGGUCAUUGUA